UGGCAGAGGCAGCGAUGGGAAUCGCAGCAACGGUUCUUAGACAUUAGGUUGCGCGCCAUCGUUCCAGGCGGUCGCACAUUCCACGUGCCAUAGCCGUAACAACAACCUGCCAGCCGUGAAAAACCAAACUCAAAUACGAACCGAAACUGCCUUCACACAAGUACCUAAACCAAACCCAUAUAGCUGCCAAAUAAACCAAAAAUACCAGAGACACCACGCCGUAACCGCUGUUACCCGGAAACCACAAGAUGGGAUCGCCGGGAUCCCAAGCGCCCGCGAUCGCGAGAGGUCACACGGGAUCGCUGCUCCUGCGUCUCCUUGUCGUGGCCUUCGUCCUCAACGCCUGCCAUGUACCGCUGACAAAUGCCAAGCAAAUCUUGAGUCUCAGCGAUGACCUGGACUUCAUGCUGGCGGACGAAACAUCGCUGCAGGGCAUCAACGAGUCCGAGGGACAGCUCAUUAAGGAUGACGUUGUGGAAGAUGAUGACUUUCUGGAAGACGAUGAGAGCCUGAAGUCCGUAGAGGAGGAUUUGCCAGAGAAGGACGAGUCUACGCCCAACUGGUUCAGCCGGAGUGUCCAUCGUGUCCGACGCUCCAUCAACCGACUCUUCGGCGCCGAUGACGAGGUCAAGGCAGAGCAGAAGCAGCAAUCUAAGCGGGCCAAGCAAAAUCGCGCUGCUGCCAUGGAGCGGCAAAAGGAACUUCGCGCAAGGUACAAGGAGAACCAGAACCGCCAGAAGCAGGUACGAGCAGAGCGCCAACUGGAGAAGCAGCGCUUGGCCAAACGGGCCAACAAUGUGGUCUUCAAUCGCGCCACCGAUCCUCGCAAGCGGGCAUCCGACCUAUACGACGAGAAUGAGGCAUCCGGCUACCAUGACGACGACACCACCUUCUAUCGCACCUACUUUGUGGUCUCUGAGCCUUACUCCAACGACUACAGGGAUCGGGAAAGCGACCAGUUCCAGAACCUGGAAAAACUCCUCGACGACGAUCUGCGCAACUUCUUCCAUCGCAAUUACGAGGGCAAUGAUGACGAAGAGCAGGAGAUCCACACCACUCUGGAGCGGGUGGAACCCACCAAAGACAACUUUAAGAUUCGCGUCCAACUGAAGAUUGAGCUGCCCAAUUCCGUCAACGACUUUGGCAAAAAGUUGCAGCAGCAACUGAAUAUCUUCAACCGGAUCGAACGUCUGGGAGCCUCCGACGAUGACAUAUUCUCCUUCAUGGAAUCGACUGAAGAUACUGUUGGCCAUGGUGGGGCUCAAGGGGUGGCGAAACCGCGGGUGGAUGUAUCUGUAACACCAAGUGGAGUAAAUACAUAUCCUGAAGUAAAUCCAGUCACCGUCCGUGAAGAUUUCUAUGAAGAACCAGUCGAGGUGGCAUUGCCCAAGGAAGAGGUUGAGGGCUCCGGCAGCGAUGACGCCACCUGUCGUGGAGAUGCCACCUUCACCUGUCCCAUCAGCGGCAAGGUCAUUUGCGAUGAAAUGCGCUGCGAUAGGGAGACCCAGUGUCCCGAUGGCGAAGACGAGGAAUUCUGCAACUAUCCAAAGGUUUGCACUGAGGAUCAGUUCAAGUGCGACGAUAAGUGUCUGCCGCUCGAUAGGCGCUGCGAUAGACGCAUCGAUUGCGAUGAUCAGACGGACGAGGCCGGCUGUAAUUGGCCACCCAGCAAUGAGGGUAAUAAUGACGAAGAGGCUCCGCGUCCAGAUGAGGAUGAGCCCCUAGAACCAGAACCUAAAAAUGAUCCCGAACCUGAUACUGGAGAUGAUGAAGAUCGCGAAGAAUUACAGGAGUGUAUGGGCAACGAGUUCAGAUGCAACGAUGGAAAGUGCAUUGAUGCCAGCCUGCGAUGCAAUCAUGUUUCGGACUGCAGCGAGGGCGAGGACGAGAACGAGGAUUGCCCCGCCGCCUGCAGCGGAAUGGAGUAUCAAUGUCGCGACGGCACACGCUGCAUUAGUGUUAGUCAGCAGUGCGACGGUCACUCCGAUUGCAGCGACGGCGAUGACGAGGAGCAUUGCGACGGAAUUGUGCCCAAGCUGCGAUACACUUGCCCCAAGGGCAAGUUCACCUGCCGGGACUUGAGCUGCAUAUCGAUUGUCCAUCGCUGCGAUGGUCGGGCCGAUUGUCCGAACGAUAGAUCGGACGAGGAGGGCUGUCCCUGUCUUUACGACAAAUGGCAGUGUGACGAUGGCACCUGCAUAGCCAAGGAGCUACUCUGCAACGGCAACAUCGACUGUCCCGAGGACAUUUCCGAUGAGCGCUACUGCGAGGGUGGCUAUGAGGAUGGGGAGUGUCGGUUCGAUGAGUUCCGAUGCGGAACCGGUGAGUGCAUACCGAUCCGUCAGGUGUGCGAUAAUAUCUACGAUUGCAACGAUUAUACCGAUGAGAUUAGCUGCGGCGAAGAGGUGGAUAGCGUGGGCAUACCCAUUGGCCAUUAUCCGCCUAGGCCAGCACCGAAGAACGAAGACUGGCUGCACGAAAUGGACGUCCAUGAUUACCAUGUGUAUCAGCAAAGUCAUACCUGCGAGAGCAAUCAAUUCCGCUGCACUGCCUCAAAUGUCUGCAUCCCGUUGCAUUUGCGAUGCGAUGGCUACUAUCACUGCAAUGAUAUGAGCGAUGAGAAGUCCUGUGAGCAGUAUCAGCGUAGCACUAGUACCCGUCGUCCCUACAUCACCACGCCCACGCACACCUUCACGACCCAGGGCCCGGGCCAGCUGGAGCGAAGCAGCACCCUAGCCAGCAGCACAACCAGCACCACCAGAGCCACCACCGAAGCACCUCCUCGUUGGCCAUGGUCAAUACAAACGACAAGCACCGAGUCCACGACCACUAACCUAAUAACAACAGUCGGCGUAGCGAGCAACUCGCCCCAGUCGUGCCUCGAAAACAUCGAAUUCGCGUGCCACAAUCGCGAUUGCAUUCCGAUUGAGAGCGUCUGCGAUGACAUCCCCGACUGUGGACGCGGCGAAGACGAGGACGACGCUCUGUGCAAGUGUAGCGGCGACAAGUACAAGUGCCAGCGCGGCGGAGGCUGCAUUCCGAAAUCCCAAGUGUGCGAUGGCAAACCUCAAUGCCGCGACCGCAGCGACGAGAGCUCCUGCCACCUCCAUGGAAGAUUUAACAAGACUCGCUUGGGGGUCCAGUGCCUGGACAGUCAGUAUCAAUGUGGCGAUGGAAGCUGCAUCUCCGGCUACAAACACUGCAACGGCAUCAACGAUUGCGCCGAUGCCUCCGACGAAUAUAACUGCAUCUACACCUACGGAGACACCUACGGUAACGACCCGGACAACAAUCCACUGAAUGAAUGUGAUAUCCUUGAGUUUGAAUGUGACUACAGUCAGUGCUUGCCGCUAGAGAAGAAGUGCGACGGCUAUGCAGACUGUGAAGACUUGAGCGACGAGCUCGAGUGUCAGUCGUACACAGACCAUUGUCUAGAGUCUGAGUUCGAGUGCGACGGCUACUGCCUGCCCCGCGAUCAGUUAUGCAACGGAGUUACCACUUGCCAAGAUGGCAGCGACGAACGCAACUGUACUUUCUGCCGUGAAGACGCCUACCUUUGCAACACCGGCGAGUGUGUGGCCGAUAGUCAGAGAUGCAACGGCAUCGCCGAUUGCGCCGACAGCAGCGACGAGCGUCACUGCGCAAGGAGGUAUUGUCCACCCAAUAGGCUAGCCUGCAAUGGCACUUGCGUGAGUCGGAGAAUAAGAUGUGAUGGCAAACGCGAUUGCCUCGAUGGCUACGACGAGAUGUAUUGUCCGGAGACCAACAACCAUUAUCCCACACAAAAACCGAGUCCGAAUCCCAUACCGAGAGCCUGCCGCCUCAAUGAGUGGCAGUGUGCGAAUCUCGAGUGCAUCGAUUUCAGUUUGCAGUGCAAUAAUAUUAAGGAUUGCUCGGAUGGAUCCGAUGAGGACCUCAGCGUUUGCUUCGGCACGGCCACCACCCGACUAAGGCCCAGCGACUGUGGCCCGGAUCAGUUCUACUGCGAUGAGUCUUGCUAUAAUCGUUCGGUUCGAUGCAAUGGCCAUAUGGAUUGCUCUGAUGGCAGUGAUGAGUUGGGAUGCUCCAUAAAGUCACUGCCAUGUCCCCAGCACCAGUGCCCCAGUGGCAGGUGUUACUCGGAAACUGAGCGAUGCGAUCGCCACAGGCACUGCGAGGAUGGCUCCGAUGAGGCCAACUGUACCGCCAUCCUGUGCAAGGAUAACGAGUUCCUCUGCUUCGAUCGCCAGUUCUGCAUAAAUGCAACCCAGCAGUGUGAUGGCUACUACGACUGCCGAGACUUUUCCGACGAGCAGAACUGCAUUGGCUGUGCCGCCAAUCAGUUCCGUUGCAAUAAUGGCGACUGCGUUUCCGCAUCGGCUCCCUGCGAUGGAAUCCCUCAGUGCAGUGACCAUUCCGAUGAACUCAACUGUGGUGGAGGCCAUGAAUGUCUGCCCAACCAAUUCCGCUGCAACAGUGGCCAGUGCGUGAGCUCCGCAGUGCGCUGUAACGGAAGGACCGAUUGCCAGGAUAGCUCCGAUGAACAGAAUUGUGGUCAUCACCAUGUUGAGGUCAGCCAAGGGAGCACCGGAAGUCCUACAACUACUAGCACAACGGCCAUAACGCCACUGAGAAUCAUCUGCCCGCCCACCUCGUUCAAGUGCGAAAACGGACCCUGUAUUUCGCUGGGUCUGAAGUGCAAUGGCCGGGUGGAUUGUCCAUAUGAUAGUAGCGAUGAGGCGGAUUGUGGCCACAUCAGCAACGAUAUUGAUCCUGGAAACAACAACAAUUCUGGACGCGGAUCGCCCCAGUUCAAUCUCAAGACCUAUCCAGACAGCCAGAUCAUCAAGGAGAGUCGCGAGGUCAUCUUCCGUUGCCGAGACGAAGGUCCCACACGCGCCAAGGUCAAGUGGUCCCGUCCCGGUGGACGACCUCUGCCCCCUGGCUGCACCGAUCGCAACGGCCGCCUGGAGAUCCCCAACAUUAGGGUUGAAGAUGCUGGCACCUAUGUUUGCGAGGCUGUGGGCUAUGCCAGCCACAUUCCUGGCCAGCAGGUCACCGUAAACCUCAACGUCGAGCGCUAUAACGAUGUGGGAUCCCGUCCGGACACAGCCUGCUCAGAAUACCAGGCCACCUGCAUGAACGGCGAGUGUAUUGAUAAGUCGGGCAUCUGCGAUGGAACUCCAGACUGCUCGGACUCCUCCGAUGAGCAGAGCUGCAGUUUGGGUCUCAAGUGCCAGCCCAACCAGUUUAUGUGCGCCAAUUCCAAGUGCGUGGAUCGCACCUGGCGCUGUGACGGCGAGAACGACUGUGGUGAUAAUUCCGACGAGACCUCUUGCGAUCCAGAGCCCAGUGGUGCUCCCUGCCGUUACAACGAGUUCCAGUGUCGCAGUGGUCAUUGCGUCCCCAAGAGCUUCCAGUGCGACAAUGUGCCCGAUUGUGCCGACGGCACCGAUGAAGUUGGUUGCAUGGCCCCGACUCCGAUCCGCCCGCCACCCCAAUCGGUCGCCCUGUUGGAAUACGAAGUGCUCGAGCUGACCUGUGUGGCCACCGGAACACCAACGCCGACGAUCGUUUGGCGUCUGAACUGGGGUCAUGUUCCCGACAAGUGCGAAUCGAAGAGCUAUGGCGGAACUGGAACCUUACGCUGUCCCGAUAUGAGACCACAAGACAGUGGAGCUUACUCGUGCGAGAUCAUUAAUACACGUGGCACCCACUUUGUGACCCCCGACACCAUUGUCACCGUAACCCCGGUGCGUACAGAUGUCUGCGAAGCUGGAUUCUUCAACAUGCUGGCCCGCAAAUCGGAGGAGUGCGUCAACUGCUUCUGUUUCGGAGUGUCCAAGACCUGCGACAGUGCCAAUUUGUUCAUCUACGCCAUCCAGCCACCGAUCCUAUCGCAUCGCGUUGUUAGUGUGGAACUGAGUCCCGGUCGCCAGAUUGUCAUCAAUGAGGCUGCUCCAGGUCAGGACCUGCUCACUCUGCACCAUGGCGUUCAGUUCCGGGCUUCGAAUGUUCACUUCGGUGGCCGGGAAACACCCUACUUGGCCUUGCCCGUGGAAUAUAUGGGCAACCAGCUGAAAUCAUAUGGCGGAAAUCUGGUCUACGAGGUUAGCUACAUGGGCAAUGGAAGACCCGUCAAGGGACCAGAUGUUAUAAUCACCGGCAAUCGUUUCACGUUAACUCAUCGGGUACCAACUCAACCGGGUCAAAACAACAAGGUGAGGAUUCCCUUCCUGCCAGGAGGCUGGCAGAAGCCCGACGGUCGCAAGGCCUCUCGAGAGGAGAUCAUGAUGAUACUGGCCAAUGUGGACAAUAUUCUGAUUCGUCUUGGCUACCUCGAUAGCACCGCUCGCGAAGUGGACCUCAUAAAUAUUGCCUUGGACUCGGCGGGAAGUUCUGAUCACGGAUUGGGCAGUGCCUCUCUUGUGGAGAAGUGCUCGUGUCCAUCUGGUUAUGUUGGUGAUUCGUGUGAGUCCUGCGCCUCUGGCUAUGUGAGGCAGCCUGGCGGUCCUUGGCUGGGUCACUGUGUGCCGUUUGUUCCGGAACCUUGUCCAUCAGGCACCUACGGAGAUCCUCGACGUGGUGUGCCCUGCAAGGAGUGUCCUUGCCCACAUACCGGCAGCAAUAACUUUGCCAGUGGCUGCCAACAGAGUCCCGAUGGCGACGUGGUAUGCCGAUGCAAUGAGGGUUACACGGGCAGGAGAUGCGAACAGUGUGCAGCUGGCUACCAGGGCAAUCCAUUGGCUCCGGGAGGGGUUUGUCGCCGAGUUCCCGAUACUUCUUGCAAUGUGGAUGGCACCUACAAUAUCUACAGCAAUGGAACAUGCCAGUGCAAGGACAGCGUGAUUGGCGAACAGUGCGACACGUGCGCCGCCAAGAGUUUCCACCUCAAUUCCUUCACCUACACCGGCUGCAUCGAGUGCUUCUGUAGCGGUGUAGGCUCGGACUGUGGUAGUAGUACAUGGUAUCGCGACCAGGUCACGAGCACUUUUGGACGAUCGCGUGUUAAUCAUGGAUUUGCUCUGAUCACCGACUAUAUGCGUGUUACCCCGGAAACCGUACCGGUGUCCACGGCCGCAGUACCCAAUGCGUUGAGCUUUACUGGAUCGGCUGAGCAGGCUGGCAAUACGCUAUACUGGAGUCUGCCAGCACCCUUCCUGGGCAACAAGCUGACUUCGUAUGGUGGCAAAUUGAGCUACACCCUGAGCUACAGUCCCCUGCCCAGUGGCAUAAUGUCUCGUAACAGUGCCCCGGAUGUGGUGAUCAAGAGUGGCGAGGAUCUGAGGCUCAUCCAUUACAGGAAAUCACAGGUCAGCCCCAGUGUGCCCAACACGUAUUCCGUGGAGAUCAAGGAGAGUGCCUGGCAGCGCGGCGACGAAGUUAUUGCCAAUCGAGAACACGUAUUAAUGGCCCUCAGCAAUAUUACCGCCAUCUACAUCAAGGCCACGUACACCACUAGCACCAAGGAGGCCUCGUUGCGUCAGGUGACUUUGGAUACUGCCUCGCCCACAAAUCUUGGCACAGCACGUGCCGUCGAAGUGGAACAAUGCCGCUGUCUCGAGGGCUAUUUGGGUCUUUCCUGCGAACAGUGUGCUCCUGGCUACACCCGCGACCCAGAGGGAGGAAUCUAUCUGGGUAUCUGCAGGCCUUGUGAGUGCAAUGGACAUUCCAAAUAUUGCAACAGCGAUACCGGAGACUGUGAAAGCUGUUCUGACAACACCGAAGGACCAAACUGUGAGCGAUGCGCCCCCGGUUAUGUUGGUGAUGCUACCCGUGGAACUAUUUACGACUGCCAGCCCGAUGACAACUACUCGAGGCCUCGUCCUCCUGCACCCGGAAAUCAAACAUUCGACUGUAACGUCUAUUGCCAGCCGGAAGGUACAUACGCUUGCCGCGGCAACGAUUGCCAGUGCAAGAGGAAUGUGAUUGGAGAUCGAUGCGACCAGUGCCGUCCCGGAACCUACGGUCUUUCUGCCAAAAAUCCAGAUGGCUGCAAGGAGUGCUACUGCUCCGGAUUGACCAGUCAGUGCCGUUCGGCGCCUCUGUACCGCCAGCUGAUACCAGUGGACUUCAUCCUCAGCGCACCCUUGAUUACCGAUGACAAUGGAGAGGUCGUGGAUACGGAGAACUUAACGCCCGACAUAUCCAACAAUAUGUAUACCUACUCGCACCUAACCUACCUGCCCAAAUACUGGAGUCUGCGUGGCAGUGUGCUGGGCAACCAGCUCGCUUCCUACGGCGGUAGCCUGGCGUACAGCCUAAUCGUGGAGAGUUAUGGCCACUACGAACGUGGCCAGGAUUUGAUACUGAUUGGCAAUGGACUCAAGCUGAUCUGGUCGCGACCCGAUGGAAAUGACGACCAGGAGGAGUUCAACGUGCGAUUGCAUGAGGAUGAGCAAUGGAUGCGUCAGGAUGGUGGAUCAGCAUUACCGGCUACCCGGUCAGAUUUCAUGACUGUCCUAACUGAUCUGCAGCACAUAUUGAUCCGAGCCUCACCCAAGGUGCCCACGGAACGCACUUCGAUCGGCAAUGUCAUCCUGGAGAGUUCGGUGAGCACAAGGACACCGGGAGCCACGCAUGCCUCAGACAUUGAGUUGUGCCAGUGUCCAUCCGGAUAUACGGGAACUUCUUGUGAGUCCUGCGCACCACUCUACUACCGUGACUCCAGCAGAACCUGCAGUCCGUGUCCGUGCGAUGCUGCCAACACUGAGUCCUGCGCUUUGGGCAGCGGCGGUUACGUCGAAUGUCGUUGCAAGGCCCGCUGGAAGGGCGAUCGCUGUCGCGAAAUUGAAACAAACGACCCCACUCUGGGACCAGAUACCGGCAUUGACGAUCCCGUGCGCACCCAGAUCAUCGUGUCGAUUGAGAAACCAGAGAUCACCAUUGUGCCAGUCGGCGGAUCACUGACCCUCAGCUGUACCGGUCGAAUGCGCUGGAGCAAUAGCCCAGUCAUUGUGAACUGGUACAAGGAAAACAGUCAACUGCCCGCUGACGUCGAUGUCGAGGGAGGUGACCUGCAUCUGUUCAACCUGCAGAUCAGCGAUUCUGGAGUCUACAUCUGCCAAGCCGUCAACAACGAAACCACACACGUCUUCAAGGACACCGUGUCCAUCACCAUUUCCCAGAUUAACCAGCGCUCGCCGGCCCAAAUUAUCGACUUGCCAAGCCACGUCACUUUCGAUGAGUAUGUUAGCAACGAGAUCAUCUGCCAGGUGCGCGGCAACCCAGCACCCGUUGUAACCUGGGCUCGAGUGGAUGGACUUGCCGAUGCCCAAAGUACACAGACAUACGACAACCGUCUGUUCUUCGACUCGCCCAGGAAAUCGGACGAAGGUCGCUAUCGUUGCCAGGCGGAGAAUGCCCUGAGCAGGGAUGAGAAGUACGUGGUCGUCUAUGUCCAUAGUAAUUCUCCCCAGCCACCACCGCCGCAGGAUCGCUUGUACAUCACCCCGGAGGAAGUCAAUGGCGUGGCCGGUGAAUCCUUCCAGUUGGUCUGUCAGUUCACUAGUGGAGCCUCUCUCCGCUACGAUUGGUCUCACGACGGUCGCCCCCUGUCCUCUUCGGCCUACCGAAAUGUCCAGAUCCGUGGCAAUGUCCUAGAAGUUCGCGAGGCCACCGAACGGGACUCUGGCGUCUACACUUGUGUGGCCUUUGACCUUCGCACACGUCGCAACUUCACCGAGAACGCCCAAGUUUAUAUCGAGCGACGCGGGGAGCCACCAAUCCUUGGCGACAAACCAAAGAUCACAAGCUUGGAGCAGAAUAUCCUGAUCGUGCAAGGCCAGGAUUAUAGCAUUACCUGCGAGGCCAGCGGAACGCCAUAUCCCUCGAUCAAGUGGGCCAAGGUGCACGACAAUCUGGCCGACAAUGCCCACAUCAGUGGCAAUGUGCUGACCAUCUACGAAGCCCGCCUUGAGAACCGUGGCGUCUACACCUGUGUCGCCGAAAAUGCCCAUGGCUCCGACCUGUCCAGUACAAGUAUCGACGUUGAACCUCGGGAGCGACCGAGCCUUAAGAUUGAGUCGGCGCCCCAGGAACCAUUAACGAUUGGCUCACCGACGUCCCUCUACUGCAGCGUAGAGGGUAUACCCACUCCGACCGUCGAGUGGGUUCGAGUGGACGGCCAACCGCUAUCGCCGCGUCACAAGAUCGAGGGACCCGGAUACAUGGUGAUCGAAGACAUUCAGAUUGCCGAUAGCGGCGACUACGAGUGUCGGGCGAAGAACACAGUGGGCGAAGCGAGCGCUGUGGCGAACAUUGUCGUCCAUGAGCCAACUCUCGUCCAGAUACUGCCUGACACCUCAAGCGUUAGACUCACCGAGGGCGAUGAACUCUCAUUGACCUGCAUAGCCAGUGGCUUCCCCAAUCCCACUGUAUAUUGGAUACCACCGAAUCGGGACAGGAGCGUUUACUCGGGACCGGAGCCCCAGGGCAAUAGGGCCCUGCUCAAGAUCUACCAGGUGACCCAAGCGCAUGCGGGCAUAUACACGUGCAGCGGCAACAAUGAGGCUGGUAACGAUGUACGCCACGUUCGCGUAGAGGUCCAACAGAAACGUGGUGACAUAUCAGAAGUGGAUGCAGAUUCCGAUUCGAAUAAUCCGUACUAUCCAACGCAACGUCCUCCAGUCCAACAGACGGGCAACAACCAACGCUUCUCGACCGAUUAUGGUGAAAAUGUGUCCCUGACCUGCGACAUUUAUCCGAGAGUGAACACCGAGUGGGAACGCGUCGAUGGCCAGCCCUUGCCUAACAACGCCCACAUUUCGGGCAAUAAGCUGAAUAUUGUGCAUGUGACGCAGCAGAAUCUGGGUCUGUACCGCUGCAAUGGAAUCGGUCGCGACGGCAAUGUGGAGUCUUAUGUGGUGAGGGAACUUGUAAUCGUGCCCCUGCCCAGGAUCACUUUCUAUCCCAGCAUUCCACUGACGGUGGAGGUGGGCCAGGAUUUGAAUGUGCAGUGUCUGGUGGAAAACGUGCGACAGGGAGAUGUUUAUUGGAGCACCGACAACAACCGGCCUUUGCCUAGUUCGGUUCACAUCGACGGCAAUGUCCUACGCUUCGAGUCCAUCACUCCGGCAGCGGCCGGUGAAUACCGCUGCUCUGCCUCGAACCAAUAUGGAAAUCGAUCGGAGACCGCUAGAGUUGUAGUAAAGAAGCCCGGUGGCUACACGACAGUUCCGCAGUCGCAGGUGCAAAAUAAGGUAGAGGGCGAAAGCAUCAUGUUGCAAUGCAGUUUGACCCAGUACGGCCAGGAAAAUCACGGCAACGUCCAGUUCCAAUGGUUCCGUGAUGAUGGCAGCGCAUUGCCGCACAAUGCCCAUCCGGAGAGCCAGGUGCUGGUGCUGAACCAUUUGCGACCCGAGGAUGCGGGACGCUAUAUCUGCAACUCGUACGAUUUGGACAGAAGGCAGCAACUGCCAGCCGUCUACAUCGACUUGCAAGUACGACCGGCGACCCCGCCCCCCAACAUCUACCUGACGCCACAAUUACCAGGACGAAGGGCCGACUACAGCCUGAAACUGGAUGAACAAUCCUCAAGCUUGCAAGCUGGUGAGGGCACCAGUGUCGAGUGCUAUUCCUCCGACGACACCUACACCGAUGUCGUCUGGGAACGUGCCGAUGGAGCUCCACUCAGCGAUAACAUUCGGCAAGUGGGCAACCGCCUGGUGAUCACUAACGCGGCCUCAACCGAUGCCGGUAACUAUGUGUGCAAGUGCAAGACGGACGAGGGAGAUCUGUACACCACCAGCUACAAACUUGAGGUCGAGGAUCAGCCUCACGAACUGAAGAGCUCCAAGAUAGUCUAUGCCAAGGUGGGCGCAAAUGCCGACCUGCAAUGUGGAGCCGACGAAAGCCGACAGCCCACCUACCGUUGGUCUCGCCAAUAUGGACAACUUCAAGCGGGACGCAGUCUACUCAAUGAAAAGCUUUCGCUGGAAAGCGUGCAGGCAAACGACGCCGGAACCUAUAUUUGCACGGCCCAAUACAGAGAUGGUGAGACGGUGGACUUCCCCAACAUUCUGGUUGUGACGGGGGCCAUUCCCCAGUUCCGGCAGGAACCCCGCAGCUACAUGAGCUUCCCCACUCUACCGAACUCCUCGUUUAAGUUCAACUUCGAACUGACCUUCCGACCGGAAAUUGGCGAUGGGCUGCUGCUCUUCAAUGGACAAACCCGCGGAAGCGGUGACUACAUCGCGUUAUCGCUGAAGGAUCGCUAUGCGGAGUUCCGCUUUGAUUUCGGUGGCAAGCCAUUGCUAGUACGAGCCGAGGAGCCACUGGCGCUGAACGAGUGGCACACGGUCCGUGUGAGUCGCUUCAAGAGGGAUGGAUACAUCCAGGUGGAUGAACAACAUCCGGUGGCAUUCCCCACCCUGCAGCAGAUACCUCAACUGGACCUGAUCGAAGAUCUGUACAUUGGCGGAGUGCCCAACUGGGAACUGCUUCCCGCCGAGGCAGUUAGUCAGCAGCUGGGCUUUGUGGGUUGCAUCAGCCGUUUAACCUUGCAGGGACGCACCGUGGAUCUGAUGCGGGAGUCCAAGUUCAAGGAGGGCAUCAACGAUUGCCGUCCCUGUGCCCAAGGUCCGUGUCAAAACAAGGGCGUGUGCUUGGAGAGUCAGACGGAGCAGGCCUACACCUGCGUUUGCCAGCCGGGGUGGACUGGAAGAGAUUGUGCCAUUGAGGGUACCCAGUGUACGCCAGGAGUCUGCGGCGCCGGACGCUGCGAAAAUACAGAAAACGAUAUGGAGUGUCUGUGCCCACUGAACCGAUCCGGAGACCGAUGCCAGUAUAAUGAGAUUUUGAAUGAACAAAGCCUUAACUUUAAGGGCAACAGCUUCGCAGCUUACGGAACUCCUAAAGUCACCAAAGUCAACAUCACACUCUCUGUGCGUCCAUCUAGUUUGGAGGACUCCGUGAUACUGUAUACGGCAGAAUCUACCUUGCCCAGCGGCGAUUAUUUGGCGCUGGUACUUCGUGGUGGCCACGCAGAGCUGCUGAUCAAUACGGCCGCUCGUUUGGAUCCAGUGGUGGUGCGAUCUGCGGAACCGCUGCCCCUGAAUCGCUGGACCAGAAUCGAGAUAAGACGUCGCCUGGGCGAGGGAAUCUUGCGUGUGGGCGAUGGACCAGAGCGAAAGGCCAAGGCACCGGGAUCAGAUCGCAUUUUGUCCCUCAAAACGCCCCUCUUUGUGGGUGGCUACGAUCGGUCGACGGUCAAGGUCAACAGGGAUGUGAACAUAACCAAGGGCUUCGAUGGCUGCAUCUCCAGGCUGUACAAUUUCCAAAAGGCCAUUGAUCUCUUAGCUGACAUCAAGGAUGCGGCCAACAUCCAAAGUUGUGGGGAGACAAAUGAAGUAGGUGGCGAUGAGGAUGGCGACAACGAGCCACCAGUUCCCCCUCCGUCUCCAGAAGUCCACGAGAAUGAGCCAUACGCGAUGGCUCCUUGUGCCAGCGAUCCUUGUGAAAACGGAGGAAGCUGCAGUGAACAGGAGGACAUCGCCAUAUGCUCCUGUCCAUUCGGUUUCAGUGGAAAGUUCUGCCAGGAGCACCUCCAACUGGGCUUUAAUGCCUCAUUCCGCGGCGAUGGAUACGUAGAGCUUAAUCGCAGCCAUUUCCAAUCCGCCUUAGAGCAAUCCUACACCUCUAUCGGCAUAGUCUUCACCACCAACAAGCCAAACGGACUUCUGUUCUGGUGGGGCCAAGAGGCCGGAGAGGAGUACACCGGACAGGACUUCAUCGCUGCCGCUGUAGUGGAUGGCUAUGUUGAGUUCUCCAUGAGACUCGAUGGCGAGGAGGCUGUGAUCCGAAACAGCGACAUCAGCGUAGACAAUGGGGAGCGUCACAUUGUAAUCGCUAAGCGGGACGAAAACACCGCCAUGCUGGAGGUCGAUCGCAUGCUGCACUCGGGUGAAACGAGACCCACCAGCAAAAAGUCGAUUAAGCUGCCGGGCAAUGUGUUUGUCGGUGGCGUUCCUGAUAUCGCGGCAUUCACGGGCGCCCGCUACAAGUACAACUUGAACGGCUGCAUAGUGGUCGUCGAGGGCGAAACCGUGGGCCAAAUUAACCUUAGUUCAGCUGCCGUCAAUGGAGUGAAUGCCAACGUUUGUCCCGCUAACGACGAGCCCCUGGGAGGAACCGAACCGCCAGUCGUCUGAGGACACAACCAGCAACCGAAAUUAGCUUUUUAAUUAAACAUUAACAAAAUAAACAAAAAGAAAAACAAUUUUUAUAUAUACAACAUAUUAAUAAGCAAGCCUCAAGCAAAACCACAAAAAAAAUUGAAUAUUAUUAUAUGUCGAAAGAUAAUAUGAGAAACAAAAAAAAAACAAAAAAUCAAGAAACGAUCACUUCUACUACAAUUGCUUCUUCGAUCCUUAAGUCUAGGUUAAAGAUUGUAGCAAGAAAAAAGCAAGAAUAUCACAAACAUUUAUUUAACAUAAACGCCAUGCGAGAAGUGAAACGAAACAGAAACAAUAAUGCAAGUACUGCAGAUAAUACCAGAUAAUACAGAUAAAGCCUAGAACCCUAAGGACUAACUAACUAACUAACUCGAGCAACAACAACGCAUACUAGCCAACUGCAACCACAAACAACCACAAUAGUGACGGCAUUUUAAUUAUAAUUUUAGUCUCUAGCUUAUAACUAUGACUACGAAUCGUUUUUUUUGUGAACCCAGUGUAAAAUGUUGGAAAUUGGAAAUUGGCCCCACACAUACACAUACACAUACACAUACAUACACAAGUUAUUAAUUAAAUAUCAAUUGAUACCAUAUUAUGCUAAAUGAAGUACAUACUACGAAUGCAACUAUUGUGAACGAACGAAAGCCGUUGAGUGGAUAAAAGCAAAGCAAAAGCAGAAGAUAUAUUAAAAUGAAAUCAACAUCA